AUGGCGCUGGACCCGCGCUUUUUUGGACACAUCGGCCAGAGCUCCGGCCCUGGCUCGAUCUCGUCCGCGACAUCCUCCGACUCCUCCGCCCUCACUGGCAUCACUUCGCCAAGCGUGUUUUCGACCUCCGCAUCUGCUGCGACAAUGCGAUCAACCGCAUCCAGUCCGUCACUUCGCGCUCGCGAAAGCGUCUCCAUACCCGUUGGUCACCAAGAUGGAAUCGCCAGCCCAUCGCCUGGUGGUAACGUGCGCGUCGUGGUGCGAGUCCGGAAAUUCCUCCAACGAGAGCUCGACCGUCAAGCAGAAUGCCUUAUCGCGAUGGACCCCCACACUCAAAUGACUAGCCUAAAAGCGCCCAAGCCGAGCGCCGGCGAUCGGGGAAAGCCCAAAUCACAAGCACGGGGGAAGAUUCUCGAAGAUAAAUCAUUCACCUUUGAUAACUCUUUUUGGUCACACGAUGAGCAAGACGAGCACUAUGCACACCAAGAAGACGUAUACAACUGCCUGGGCGAGGAGUUUUUGGACCACAACUUCGAGGGAUAUCACACUUGCAUUUUCGCCUAUGGCCAGACCGGUUCGGGUAAGAGUUACACCAUGAUGGGCACACCGGAGCAGCCAGGCUUGAUUCCUCGGACUUGCGAGGAUCUGUUUCAGCGCAUUGAAUCAUCACCAUCCCCCGACAUCAGCUACAAUGUUCGAGUCUCUUACUUCGAGGUCUACAACGAGCAUGUCCGAGACUUGUUGGUCCCCCGAACAGACCCGCCACAUUAUCUUCGAAUCCGCGAGUCUCCCUCUGAGGGCCCAUAUGUUAAAGACUUGACGGAGGUCACCGCCAGGAACUAUACUGAGUUGAUGAAGUACAUGCGCAAGGGCGACGUAUCGCGUACAGUUGCCAGCACUAAAAUGAACGAUACCUCUUCACGAUCGCAUGCCGUUUUCACCAUCACAUUGAAGCAAAUUCACCACGAUCUUUCUACGGACGAAACAACAGAGCGCACGGCUCGUAUUCGAUUGGUUGAUCUUGCAGGUUCUGAGCGCGCCAAAGCAACUGAAGCUACUGGUGCACGAUUGCGCGAAGGAUCCAACAUUAACAAGUCCUUGACUACGCUCGGUCGGGUCAUUGCAGCUCUGGCCGACCCGAAGAAGACUCGAGGAGGCCGAAAAGGCAAGGAGCUGGUGCCCUACCGUGAUUCAAUCUUGACAUGGCUCUUGAAGGAUUCCCUCGGCGGUAAUUCCAAGACGGCCAUGAUCGCCUGUAUUUCUCCCGCCGACUACGAGGAAACUCUUUCGACUCUCCGCUAUGCCGAUCAGGCCAAACACAUUCGCACUCGCGCGCGCGUCAACCAAGACCAACUCUCGGCUGCCGAACGUGAUCAGCAGAUCGCCGAGAUGGCAGAGACCAUUCGCACUCUGCAGCUGAGUGUGAGCCAGGCACAUGCCAAUCAGCGUGCCACAGAAAUGCAAGAUGAGAGAUUGGAAGAGUACCAGCAGAAGGUGGAGAAGAUGCAGCGACUCAUGGAGGAAACCAAGAUGGUCAGCGAGUGCAAGAUCCGCCAACUCCAGACCGAGAAUGAGGCUCUCCGCAUGCAUCUGAAACUCGCCCUGGAGAGUCUCAGAAACCCCAUACCACCUGUCAGUCUUGAAGGACGCCAGAGCCUAUCAUCAUUAGCGGAAGAGGAUCGAUUGCCUGAGCGUGAUCAAGAGAACCGGGAAGGAUCGCCUAUUGUUGAGUCAUCCGAGUCCGAGCCAGAAGUUUGGGAGGAUGAGGAGUAUGAAGACGAUGACGACGACGAAACAGUGAACCUUGAGAACAGCGAACAAGAAGCAUACCAGAUGCAGGAGCGCAUGCAAGAUUUGCUCGGCGAUCUGGGAGUUUUCAAGCGCAAGCUCGCAUCCGACCAUGAGCGUUGGCGUCCCAACGAGCAUUCGAGAACUCGGAAGCGACGUGUGCUCGGAAUAAUCGCUGCUAACAAUCGCUAA